AUGGCGGAUGAUCAUGAACACGAGGGUGCCUCCGUAAAGGAGCGGCUGAUCGAAGCCUGCCGAAGGAACAAUGUCGACUUACUCCACGAUGUAAUCUCGAAUUGCAAGUCGGAUGAAGAAAUCUCCGCCCUCCUCAACACUACUACAACUGUCAUGGGUAAUCACCUCUACCACGAGGCUGCCCUGCAGGGAAACUACGAGAUUAUCGACACACUUCUGGACCAACCAGAUUUUGAAUGUGAUCCUCUGAAUCGUAUCGAAGGGGACACGCCCCUGCACAGCGUCAUCCGCUGGAUCAACAGCGAGCCCCCUGCCCAGCGCGAAUUCGGCAACGCCCUCGUACAAAUGAUGCUCGAAGCCGGAUCGUCCACACGCGUGCGCAACAAGGCCCGACUAACGCCGUAUCAACUCGUCGAUCCUUCUAAUGCCGGCUUGCGCGACCUGAUCCAGAAGCACGAGUAUGCCGAGUUGAAUGCGGGCGAUUUUGUCGACUCCACGCCUGCACCCCCCAAAGAGAACAAGAAGGCCGUGGCGAGUUCCUUUGUUGAUGUUAGGCAGGAAGAUAAUGACGAUGAUGAUGCCGAGUUCUCAGGUAGUGACGAUGAAGAGCGUGCCGAAUGGGAGCGUAGGCGCAAGACCAAAGGCCGGUAG